AGAGACACUCUAGAGCGAGUUCCUCAAAUGUUUUCCUGCGUUGCCAGGACUGUCCGCUGCUCUGAGUCAUGUGCAAGUGGGAAGUUGCACUGACAUCGAGCCGGGCCAGAGGGAACUGAGUUGGGCGCUCCACGGGGCCGAGGGACUGACUCCUAGUGUGUGCUGAGUGCGGUCCCGGAGGGACUUGAACCUACCCGCUAGACCUCCCGUUGCUCCGCCCCGGCCCGGCAGCCCACCCACCUGCCUUUCUGGGACCACGGGGCGUUAGCCGAGAAGGAAGCAUGCUGGCCUUCUACGCUCUGCUGGCCGCUCUUCUUGCGGCGCCCGAGGCAGUGCUGGCCUCAGGGGACUGCUCCGCACUGGAGAUGGCAAGUGAUGUGCUGACUAGCCUGCCUGGGGCCAGCGUUACCCUGACCUGCCCAGGGGAGGAACUGGGAGAUAAUGCCACUGUUCACUGGAUGCUCACUGGUCCACACCACAGAAGAUGGGCUGGUGUAGGAAGGAGGCUGCUUCUGAGGUCCGUGCAGCUCAAUGACUCUGGGAGCUAUUUGUGCUACCUGGAUGGUCACCCCGCUGGGACUGUGCACUUGCUGGUAGAUGUUCCUCCUGAGGCGCCUAAGCUUUCCUGCUUCCGAAAGAGCCUCCUCAGCAGCGUGGUUUGUGAGUGGAGUCCUCAGAGUGCCCCCUCCCCAACCACCAAGGCUGUACUGUUGGUGAAGAAGUUCCAGAAAGUCCCAGCAGAAGACUUCCAGGUACCAUGCCAGUAUUCUCAGGACUCCCAGAAGUUCUCCUGCCAGUUGGAAAUCCCAGAGGGAGACAAGUCUUACCACAUAGUGUCCUUAUGCGUUGCCAACAGUGCUGGAAGCAAGUUCAGUAACAGGGAGGCCUUUGAGGGUUAUGGAAUCCUGCAGCCUGACCCGCCCACCAACAUUGUAGUUACUGCUGUGGCUGAAAACCCCCGAUGGCUCAAUGUCACUUGGGAAGACCCCCUUUCCUGGAACUCAGAUUUCUACAGGCUACAGUUUGAACUCCGAUACCGGGCUGAGCACGCAAAGGCAUUCACAACGUGGAUGGUCAAGAAUUCCCAGUACCACUGCAUCAUCCAUGAUGCCUGGCGUGGCUUGAGGCACAUGGUGCAGCUUCGGGCCCAGGAGGAGUUUGGACUUGGCUCCUGGAGUGAGUGGAGCCCAGAGGUCACAGGCAUUCCUUGGACAGAAUCCAAGAGUACCCCAGCUGUGACCCCCGCAUCCGACUCCACGGAGGCACCUACCACUGAUGAAGAGAAGGAGGACGGCCUCCAGAAGGUUUCUGCAAAAGCAACAAGCCUCCCAGGUCAGGCAGAAUGCCACCAGAAGAGCCCCUCUGAAAGGCAAGAUUCUCUGCCGGUCUCGCUGCCCACAUUCCUGGUAGCUGGAGGAAGCCUGGCCUUUGGAUCGCUCCUCUGCAUUGGCAUUGUCCUGAGGUUCAAGAAGACAUGGAAGUCACAGACCCUGAAAGAGUGCAAGACAAGCAUGCACCCGCCAUAUUCUUUGGGGCAGUCCAAGCCCACCAUUGUGCUUGUUCCUCUCCUUUCCCCUCCAGUGUCCCCCAGCAGCCUAGGGUCUGACAACACAUCGAGCCACAGCCGAUCAGAUGCCAGGGAUUCACGGAGCCCUUAUGACAUCAGCAAUCGAGACUACUUCUUUCCCAGAUAACUGUCUGGGUGGCACCUGGCAGCUGGGUGUCAGAUGUGCUGAAUCGUGUGGGUGACGCAGCACACACUGGCUCCAGAAAAGAUGCUUCUCACUGCCAUUCCAGCUCAUCUCAGGGCGUGGGGCAUUUGGCUUCACUGUUACAGAAGAGCCUGCAGAGAUUCUGUACUGGGUGAAAACCAACUCGCUGCACCUGUUCCAAAGAAAGAGGUAGUUGAGUUUUCAAACUGCCCUUCUCAAGUGCUCUGCUUAAAGGGAUUCUAAGGAACUCAGGACACCAUGAAAGAGUUGUGCCAAGACUCAAAUGGACAGCGGAUGUGGAGGAGCAGCUGGGUACCCACAUAUCCUGACUCAUCUCUGCAAGCUGCACCCUCAGGCAGGGGUAUGGGUUUUCAGCAAAGGCCACUGCAGCUGGCUAGCUCCUAGCCCCCUGUACAGUUACAUCUUCUCUCUUGAACUCUUGAAACCCAAGUGCCUUUGCCAUUCUGUUUUUCUAGGCCUGAGGAUGACUUUAUGUAAACCACUGAAGCUGGGGGAGGAAGCUCUUUCCUGCCUUUCUUCUCCCCACUUGAAAAACAGCUGGUGUGUGAGUGUGUGUGUGUGUGUGUGGAGGGUGAAUAAUAUCUCAGGGCCUGAUGGUUUUAGGUGGAAUUAUAAUUAGUUCCUCUUUAGCAUUUUGCUAAAUGUGAAUGAUAGUCCUAGGCAUUUGUUGACUACAGAAGCAACUGCACUAACUUUAUUCCCCUCUUUGGAUCUCAGGACUUAAGGAGGAGAGAAGCAGACAGGAAGGAGGGGAGUAGGAACAGGGUCUUCAAGGUUCCCUGUUGUAGCUCAGGGGGACCACAGCCUCUGAAAACCAAUGUUUCCUCUCCCCUCUGCUGCCCCAAAAGGAGGAAUGGCAGUUGGAGGGGCCUCUGCCAGUGCUGGGAGCAAAACCAUUUUAUUUCAACUUUGUUGAUUUUGGUGUCAACUGGACCUUAGUAACUAGCAUAGAUAAUAUUUGUGUGACAGGAAAAAAUGAAUCUGGCAAGAAAUGUACUUUAUGUUUUUUAAAAACUGCUGUUUUCUCUUGAGAUGUUAGAAGACCCAGUAUUCUCUGGAUGUUAGCAUAUAAAUAACUUGGGGCGGGGCACAAUAAUUUUGUUUAGCACCAAAGCAAGUCAACUGAGAAAAGGAGGAGGAGGAAAAAAAAAUGUUUUCCCCUGUUAGAAAUGAGAUUCUGAUUUCAUUCUCUAUUUCAUUUUUGUCUUACAAACUGUAAAAAUAAUCUUUGCCUCUUUUCUGAUUUGGGGAAAAAGUAACUUGUGACUGCUGCCCACACCCCAGGUGGUUAGGAAGGAAAGGGUGUCCCCCUUCCUGUUGUCAUGCCUCCCACGAUUACCCGGCAGGGUCCUAGAAAUUCCCCACCACGAAGGCUGUGAGUCCUAUAAUCAGAAGGGAGGUUCAUUAAAAAAAAUAAAUAAAUAAAAAAUCCCUUACCUUGGUGACUUCCUCUUUUUGUUUCGUUCCUUGAACUGGAUUCAGCUCAGCUCCUAUGGAAGCAGCCACUUAAGUCUAGCCAUGACACCAACUAACCACCAGCCCACUUUUCUGUUGGGACUUUGAGAAUUCAGUGAUGUUGGUGGUCACCCAGACAGGUACCCACAGAAGAGAGCUGUGAUUAAAACGAACUGUGGAACCACAGACCCUGAAUUUACCAGACCACAAAACUUUUCUAGAAGUUUACCCUUUUAGAAAAACACCACUACCGCCAGACAUGUGGCGGAGGAUGAAAAUGAUCAUGUUGUAUCAGCUGUUUGCCAGGUUCGGGGCGUUACUAUCUGGAGCACUGCUGGCUAUUUACAUCUCAGACCCCAUUGCCACCUUAGGCAGGUUGUCAAUGUGGUUGACAAAAGUUAAGCAGGUGUUCAGGGCUUUUCUUUUUUCCCCCUCCUCUGUAAGGUUUCUGAAUUGCAAAAAUGCUGUGAAAGGGAAAUAUUACAAAUGAGAUCUGCAUGAGAAAAGGUAAUUCUGUGACCACGGUUCUUUAAUUCUCGACAUGGUUUUGCCCACAUGUAAUGUUACCAAAGCCAGGCAGAGCCGUGCUGGCAGAAGAUGUGAAAUCCAGAUAGCUCAUUAUCUCUAAGAGCUAGGCAGCUUUGAUCUCCAAAUUGUUAUUGCUUUCAUUAUUAUCGUAACGGAACUGCCUUUUUUUUUUUUUUUUUUUUUUUUAAUCAAAGAGGGUUUUUUUUUUUUCCCCUUUAUUUUUUAUAAGCUAGUGUCAAUGAAGGAAAGGCCUGUCUUCUCUGGGCUCAAGUUUUGCUUAAUGCACACAGGCAUAUGCCUUAAGUUUUCUCUGUCCUUGAAUGGUAACUGAAUGUGUGUCUCCAUCCACUGGUCAUUCUUCCUUAGUUUUCUCCAGCCCACGAGGUGCCUUGUGUCCUCAACAGGGCUGUCACUCACCUAAGACCUGUUGCCAUCAGCCACACAGCCAAAUGUGAAAUGUGUGGACAGAGACAGUUUAAAUCUGACAACCCAUCUUGUGGAGUGGGAAAAGUCGAAAAUAUGCUGGACCCAGGUCUAACCUAAAGUGAUCAUUAGUUCUUGUAGCAUUAAUGACAUGUUUUAAAAAAUAUUGGAUGUGUGUAUGAGGACUUUGGGGGACUCAGCAGUUUGUUCUGGUGGGGUCUUGCCCUAGCUGUUUGUUUGCCAGACCCUGAGCUUACACUGAUUCUCUACCACUUCCCUGCUGUCUUGGGAGAAAGAAAACUGGUCACAGUGGCAAGGUGUAGACUCUACUGCUGGAACUGGUUUUGGAGCCCUGUGGUGGUGAAUAGAGCCCAGCAGGGCAGGCCGGAACUGGUCAUGGUUUGUGAGUUUCUCAAAUAUUGUUCGGGAAUGUCUUGCCCAGCUGCUUUGGUGCUGGCUCAUCUCAUUGCAGGUCCUUAACAUUGCCCUGGUUGGGAAGAAGUCCCACACCCAGCUCCAGGUGAGUCAUCUGCCCUCAUUUGGAAAGGCAGAGCAACCAAUGGUCCUUUUCCAUGCAGUAGCCUGCAGUGGGACUGCUGCCGGAAGGGGCAGACCAGCUGCCUCCGGUUUUGUGCCAGGCACUCCCAAGCGUCCCCUAAAGGUCCUUCCAGCCUCAUGUCCCUAGUGUGGCCAGGCGCCUGCUCCAGGGAGUUUCUAUGGCAACCUUAAUGAUUAUUAAGGAACAUUGUCAGUUUUAUGAACAUAUGCUCAGAUGAAAAUCUACUUUGGGAGGAAAGGAUUGGAACAGCAUGUAGCAAGGCUGUUAAUUAACAGAGAGACCUUAUUGGAUGGAGAUCACAUCUGCUAAAUACAAUACCUCAACUCUACACCACUUUUGGAGAGCAAUAAUCGUUUUAAGGGAUUUCUCUUUUAAUUACCUGAAAACCAAUACCAAAGACUGGUAUCUACACAAUGUAUAUUUUUUCAAUGCUCUUUCUUUCUAUCAACUAUUUUGCACUUAAAGUGAAAAUUGUAAAUGUUUUAAAUAAAUCAUUUCUAAAAAUACA